GCUACACUUCAUAGUUAUAAACAGUUUCAUGGUUCCUUGUUCAUCAUGUUCCAACAAACUGUAUAGGAAAUUGUCCAAAACAGAUUGUUAAUUGUUGCAACUGUUGUUUGUGAAAGAGCUAUGCCUUGGUUAGCCGCGAUCAGGAUGGCUAUCGAAAAACCAAGAUUUGAACCAUCGAAGCGUUUGUACUCUGGAACUGCCUUUCGAGUUAGCUCGAAUUUGACCGAGUUUCCAGGUGUCCAAGAAGCUGGAACAGAAACAGUUAAUAUUUUGAAAAGCCUCACGAGGCGACCGUCAAACGGGAACUUUUACGAGACCUUUCUACGGUUGGAAACUGUGUUACAAGGUACUUCUAGUGACAGUGAAAGAAAAGUUGAGAAUAUUUUAAACACAUUGAUGACAGCUGCGUCUCGACUUUGGGGAGAUCAAUCUAUAAAAUUGUUGAAGAGAACGUGAAGACUGGGUUAGCGCUCUGGAGAAGUGAACCUCUGUAUUACUGAUUAAACUGUGUGUAAAGAUC